AUGCAGCCAACGGAGAGGACAGGGAAAAGUUGUGAGGUAGCCGGAGGUACGGGCAGGGAGAAGAGUCAGUGUCAUUGGCGCUCUGCUAAGUAGGAAUGAGAGCAACGGCUUUUCAUCCUGUCCGUCAGUCUCUCUGCGUUUCUGUCUGUCUUUCUGAUUGUCUCUCCCUCUCCUUUCUAAUUGUCUCUCAUCCUGGCUGGCGCUGCAACGUUGCUGGCUCUGCAGUGAAAGUGCUGGCUGGUGGAUUCUCCUUGAGUGAACCCUGACUGUGCGCAGUGUUUGCCACUCCGUUACUGUCCUGUCCACCCUGACUCAGCUGUGCAGGCAGCCUGCUGGCUCAAACACCGGCUGCAGGAGCAGUCUCUUCGACAGAAUUGCUGUAAGGGGUUGGCGUGCAGUCUUCGUACCCCCGGGACUAGUGAAGGAGCACAACUGGGACGUGCCUCGUUUGGUGGCCAGACAUCCAGACAGCACCUUCCAGAUUUAAUCCAGGAAACCCCAGAGGCCAAGUUGUACUAAAGGAUAUUAUACGAGCUAUCUGGAGCCUGCUGGAUCCUGCAGCAGUAUUUGUUUCGGAGCAGAUCUGGCUGCCAUGGAGGUCCAGUGGGUUGGGGUUGAAGUCCCGAGGCUGGGCCUUCCACACACAGCUGUCGGCCUGAUCUUCUCUAUGCUGCUUGGCCUGUGGUCUGUUCAGGCCCUUGAGAUGUCUGUAGGGAAGAUUCCCUUCCUCCAGGCAGUGAAUGGCAGCACGGUCAUGUUGCCUUGCACAUACGCCAGCUGUAUCGGCAUCGAGGACCUCUACUUCAGCUGGCACUUCAAUGACAAUGGCACCAUGCAGAAGGUGUGUGAUUCAGUGAUAGCGUCGGAGACGGCGGUGCCACAUGUGAAUAUAUAUCGAGAGCGGGUGGAGUUUGUGGGGAUGAAUCGUAACAACAACAUCUCCAUCUUGCUGUGGAACAUCACCUUUGAGGACGGAGGCCAGUACACUUGUUUUGGACGCAACCCCAAAGAGAAGGGCAGGAACCACAGUACCAUCUUCACUCUAGUUGUGGUGGACGAGUUGAGGGUGGUGGACAACACGCUGACCAUCCUGAUCGCCUCAGCUGUGGGCGGAGGCAUUGCAGCAUUGAUGGGCUUCAUGUUGCUCAAGAACUUCACUCUCUAUGUUCUUGCCAGGCUUGAAGAGAAAAAUAAGGAGUGCCUUGUAACUUCAUCAGGGAUCGACAACACAGAAAAUGGCCUCUCAGGAUCUAAAGCGGAUUCAAAACCAACACCAAAAAAGAAAUGAGAAAGUGCACGUAUAUAAAACAAUAUGAGUACACAUAUUUAUGUACCUUCUUUGCAUAUAUUUGUAUAUGCACAUGUGUUUGCACACACACACACACAAACACAAGCAAAUUCAUUAUGUUCAAGAUGGGAUCCUAAAAACAGCCUGGCUGUGACCUUCGAAAGGGAAUAUAUACAUGUCCACGGAAUAUUAAUGUUGCAGAUGAUGUACAACUAAGAAAUAUGCAAAUCAGUGCAUGCAUAAUUAUUUAAAAUGUGCUUAUAAUUUAAUAAUUUACAUCUAAAGGAUAAUUGCACCUACCAGAGACACUUUCACUUGAUUUAUUUGGUCCUAAUCUUAUAAUAUUUAUAUCCUACCUCCUAUCUGCCAUCCCAUACAUCUUCCUCCUUUGCCCACAGUGGUAACACAGUAUGAGAAAAAACACGUUGAAAGGCGUUGUCUUUGUUUUUUGGGGGGUGUGGCCAGUAACUGGGUCUGAAAUCAGUUAAACAAGUGUUAUGUAAAGAUAGUGUGUGCUUUUACUUGAUGAUAUGUGUCCUGAUGCCACCCAGAGCAUGAAUAUCAAGUCAAAAAGGUCUCUAUGGACAACAUUGUUCUCAAAUUGUCUCUGGUUAGACUUUUGGACUGACAAUUCGUUGUAGAUAGUGGACGUAAGCACACUGCUUUGUCAACAGCAGUGAAGGAAGCAUUACCUUAAAGGUAGUUUUACAACAGGAAGGAAGGAAGAAAGCAUGACACAUUCUGGAAACUAUUCAACUGAUUGAUUCCUCACUGGUUCAGCAGCCUCUGGAUAAUUUAAAGGUGCAAUUUGGAUCAGAGUGGUUGACUUAUUGGUGGAUAUUUGGUCAUUGAAAUGAUUCCCACUGGUAGUCACCUGAUACAUCUGCACCAAGCAAGUAAACAAACAGAAUGUUAAGAAGAAAGACCCCAUUUAAAAUGCUGUGUGGAAACACGGGGUGAUUAUCCUGCUGGUAGAGGCCAUGUGUGUUUACAGGUAUUAUGCAGUGAGUGGAAGCUAAGUGGAAGCAAGCUUGUUAAGGAGCAGUAAGCUACGUGUCUCUGGUAGAUGGUUGAACUCAUUACAUUGAAACCAAAUUAUAUGCACAUUUUAUUAAAUUAGGGGAUGAUUGUGUGUGUGUGUGUGUGUGUGUGUGUGUGUGUGUGUGUGUGUGUGUGUGGUGUGUGUGUGUGUGGUGUGUGUGUGUGUGUGUGUGUGUGUGUUGUGUGUGUGGAUUGGUGUGGGUGUGUGGUGUGUGUGUGUGUGUGUGUGUGUGUGUGUGUGUGUGUGUGUGUGUGUGUGAAAAACAAUUUAUCAAUUUGCACAGUCAUGCUCUGUUUAAAGUGCUGGGUAGCCAUGAUAUAUCAAUAAUUAUUUGUGGCCACAGCAGCCAGAAUACAUUAAAAAAAAAAAGUAAACUUUGACUGUUUUUCAUCCAAAGUCAAAACAAAAACAACUUCUUUGUUUAAGUGCUUGAGACAGGAAAUAAUGUAAUGUAGUUAGAGGUGGGCUGAAUCCUGACACCAAAUUCACACUAGUUUGUUGAUAAUAUGAUCUUACUACAUCAAAAUCAAAUCUCACUUAUCUACUGAUCAAUUAGUGGCUGCUGUCCACAAAACUCCUUCUGAUGUAUUCAAACAACUGUUGUAAAAUAAAGGGUGCUUUGCUUAGUGCUGACUCAAAUGGUACUGACAGGAUAUUGUAGGAUUCAGCCCAGCUCUUCAUCUUGUACCUUCUCUUUGCUUGAUAUAAAACACAGGUGCCUGUUAGUGCUUACGCUCCUCUGCCAGCGAGGACAACUACAUAUUGCAAAACAGUUUAUAAAGCUCAGCAACCGUAAUAAUACAACAAGCUUCUAAACUGACUUGAUGACAAUCCCCUUAAACAACCCCCCACCCACUCCCUAGAAAAUGAAUGACUGAUGUUGCCGCUUUGAAAACAAUAACCAAUGCAUUUUAAGCAUGUGCAACAUGGGCCAGAUUUUAGACACAAUGCUUGAAAGCAGAAAUAUGUACUUUUUGGAAAAAAAAAAAACAUGUUUCAAUAUACUAACACUGGUAGAGUCAGCUCUGAGGUUAGCUGUAAAUCACAUUUUAUGCCAUGCUAAUUUCAUUGUGCUAACCCGUGCUUAGGCUAAGCCCUAUUUGGUGAUGUGGCCCUGGAUACUGUAUGCCUGAAUCAGACUCAACAUAUUUGCUUAGUAUGUGAUUCUUUGUGGAAAUGGCUUGUUUUUCCUAAACACUGGCAAACAUCCAUUCAGUCAGUGUGUUUCUCUUUAAUAAAUCAUCUUUACCAGCUGCACUGCAGUGAAAAAGAAAAA